GGUCUAAAGCUGCAGCGGGUCUUCGAGCUCGCUGGCCGUCCAGGACGCCUGGAGCUAAACCAGGUCCAAACUUAGCUUAGCUUGCGUGUCGGUGCACGGCACAAGCGAAGCAGCGCCGGACCUCUCACCGAGCGCCGGUCUGCAGGACGGCUGAAAAGGCCGGACAAAUGCGGAAGGAGAUCCCAACUGGCCCAGGCAAGGUUUCCAGGCAGAAAAGGGGGCACAUGCUGGGAAGCAGAAAGCAAACGACAAAGCGGAAGCCGUGCCGGGAGAGGCAGUGCUGAUGCGUCGCCCGCAGCUGUCGGGGCAGCCUGGUGGUGCUGAGGAGCAGGAAUGUACAGCUGAAGCUGCUCCGCCGGCUCGGGCCGCAAACAACGGGCGAAGAAACAUCGCCGCUCUGCGCGCCCCGGUCCCUUCGGAGUCCCUUGCUUAAGCGACGUCUGCUGAACAGGUUUUUCUCAGAUUCUGGAUGCAGUAGGACACUUGGCUGCUAACUGACUUGGAACUUGUGCUCCACCUUAGAAAGAUCUGCAGUGAGAGAAUUUCACCUUCACGUACCUGAAAGUCUUCUGUCUCAGAAGAAAGGGACUUCAUGUAUGAGAGUUGUCCAACACUAAAAUUCUUCUGAGAACCUGAGAAUAACUAACUUGGUAGGAGGCUUUUUGUUUGUUUGUUUUUUUUUUUGGGGGGGGGGGAGGAUUUUUUAAAAAAAGUCAAUCUGCAAACCUCUCAGAAUCUACAAACAAGAUGCCAGCCAAGACACCCAUCUACUUGAAAGCUGCUAACAAUAAGAAAGGGAAGAAAUUCAAACUGAGGGAUAUCUUGUCUCCUGAUAUGAUCAGUCCACCACUUGGAGAUUUUCGUCAUACCAUACACAUUGGAAAAGAAGGGCAACAUGAUGUUUUUGGGGACAUCUCUUUUUUGCAGGGAAACUAUGAACUGUUACCUGGAAAUGAAGGAGAAACUAGAGUUAGCCAGUCUGGUGGCCACAGUGAAUUCCUAAGGGCAAACAGCACUUCUGAAUCCAUGUUUACAGAAACUCCGUCACCAGUGCUCAAAAAUGCCAUUUCCCUUCCUGCCAUUGGGGGUUCUCAAGCCCUUAUGUUGCCCUUAUUGUCACCAGUGACAUUUAGUUCAAAGCAAGAAUCCAUCAGGCCAUCUAGAAAUCCUAGGCUUAGCUGUGAGCCAGUAAUAGAAGAAAAAUUGCAGGAGAAAAGUAAAGAGUUGGAAGAUGGAGAAAUAUACAAAGAUGACAUAUGGGAGCAAAAUGGUUCUUCAUCGCAUUUCACCAAUGGUAGAGACAGUCACUCAUCCAGCCUUUCUGAACGGUGCACUGAUUGGCAAACAGUUGAUAUAUUUGAUGACAGUCGACUUUCAUGUGAACUAACCAAGACGGAGACAAAGUCAGAAGAAUCCCUUUCAGAUCUUGCAGGCUCUCUUCUUUCUUUACAACUUGACUUGGGACCUUCACUUUUAGAUGAGGUCCUCAAUGUAAUGGACAAAAAUAAAUCUUAGAACUGGUACUUCUUGCUUCUUUAUAAGUCAUUCAUGUAAAACAAAAAAAAAAUACAACUCAAGAGUAGAGACACUUAAAAACCAGCUGUAUUUGCAGUUGUUUGACGGGUUUUCUAAAAAUGUUCUAAACUAUUUUUUUAUCUAUUGUUUUUCAUGAUUUUUAUUACAGCAAAUUCUCAUAGCAGAAGGAUAAAUUUUAAUGACAGUUUUCAGCAAAUAUAAAAUGUUUUAAGUACCAGUAUUAACAAUCAGAAACUUAAGAAAUACAGUUUGAGGAUGAUACUGAUUGUGACGUUUGGUUAGUUCACUUCUACGAGCUUCAGAAUAUUUGAGAGUCUGUAAGGGUCAGUAAGGAGACUGAUAUUAAUUCUUCACCUUUAUAAAUUAUUGCAACAUCACUUUACAUGUAGGCUUCUUUCUAGAACCUUAUGUUUUGGAAUUUGAUAGCGUUUUAAUUCAUUUUUCAUAGUACUAUUUCUGUUACACCUUCACUGUAACUGUUUCCUCUGUUUUCUACUGCUCUGUGUUCAGAUGUGAACAAUUUGAAGGCUCUUUCUGCUUGAACGUGUGGUCCAGAGUCUCAGCUGCUUUAAAUGAGCAUGCACAAAUUUAAACAAAUUGAGGCUUUGGGCUUGAUACUGUAUAUGAAAUCAUAUGUUGUAAACAGAUAACAUGCAAGAUAUUAUGGUUAAAUUAUUUUAAAAGUUGAAAUAUAUUUUUUGUGUGCAUCUUGACUUUUUACUGCGGAGCCUACACAUACAGUAUCUCAUCAAAAUAGUUGCUUGACAAUAUUGGUGCUCUUCUGAAAGUUGUAUAACUGUGUGUUUGAAAAGAAAUAUGUAUUGAUACUCCUAGCUUUUCUUCAUUUAUUGCCACACAUGCUUAAACUUGCAACCGAAUAUUUUAAUUUUUGAAGAAGGCACUGGUUACUCACAAUGCUUGAUGCGUGCUACAACAGCCAACGUUUUGGGAAUUAUGGAUCAUUUAAUACAGUACCUACAUGGAUUGCAUAGAUACUUUGUGCAAUACAAUAAAAAAAACCCUUAAAUUGC